GUGAUGCAUAAUUAAAGUGCAUUUAUUAUCCAAUUGAUUGUAUAAUUGAUGAAAUUGAUUAACCGGAGAGUCAUUUGCYGAUAUCAYCACUAACACCAACAACAAUGCCAUUCAAUAUAAAAAAGUUGACACAACUUCACCGAAGCACAUCAAUGCCCAACAAAAACAAACAUCACGGCAGUGGUAGUGUCGGUGCCAACAAUGAUGAAAACAAGUCCAACAAGAAAUCGAGUAAAUCGGGCAAAGAUCAGCCAUCCUCUUCGUCAAACAUGUCGUCCUCUCAAUCACCACCUAAUAAGCAACGAUUACCACAGAUAUCUGGUUCGCGAUCUAUAGAUUCUGCAGAAAUUAGACGACUCGGUGGACAGUUAACUAUUUCUAAUCCCAUUCCCAUUGAUCAGCCUCAGGUUAUCAAUACUUUACCGAUUCGAUGGUCAAAAACAGGACCGCAUUCGGCACCGCCACGGAGUUUACAACAACUGCAACUAUUUCAACAACAACAAGACAUUCAUAGGAGCGGCUAUUAUAGUGAUGCCGAAGAUGUUCGAAGAGGAAGCACUGGUCAGAUAGCGCAGCGAAGAGUACUAACACUUAUCAGACCUACUAAUGGACAUCAACAGCAAUCGUUACAACAUCCGCCACAAUCAACUGGUCCACGUCAUCCUCAACACCAUAUACUUCAUCUACAACAACCACAUCUUUUGCCACUACAACACCAGCAACAGCAACAGCAACAGCAACAGCAACAACAMCAACAACACCAACAACAGCAACAACACCAACAACAACAGCAGCAGCAACAACAACAACAACAMCAACACCAACAACAACAAGCGAUAUCACGAAUGACACAACAAAUGCCAAACAUUGCUCUUCUCAAGAGUGGCGGAUCCAAUGGCGGUGCGGGAGGACAGCCACCACCACCACAAGCGCCCCGACGUAUGAAUAGCCAGCAGCCGCAGGUGUCGUCGGRUGUCAAACAAGGUCAAGGCCCGCAACCUACACAUCCAAGUCUACCGCACCACCAGUCACAUCAUCAUCAACUACAACAACAGCAACAACAACAUCAUCAACAACCGCAACGACCGGCCAGUACGACACCAUUGGACCGAUUGGCGGGAUAUCAUCCUUCAUCGGCUCUGUUCGACGACGAUCCGGGUAUUAUGUCGGAGAUUGAGACGUCGGCCACCGGUUUCCGUCGCGGCAAUAAAGUGCGCUCCUCUUUACCGAUAGUACGUACGCCAUCUAAAACCCAGGACCGGUCACUUGGACUCGUGUUUCUACAGUUCCGAUCUGAGACCAAACGGGCACUCCUUCCCAAUGAAAUUACAUCACUCGACACCGUUAAGGCAUUGUUUGUGCGAUCAUUUCCACGGCAACUGUCGAUGGAAUACUUGGAUUGUCCAGUGAUUCGGAUCUAUAUCCAUGACCCGAGCAAAGACAUGUUCUACGAGUUGGAGGAUUUUAGGGACAUUCGUGAUCGUUGUGUACUAAGAAUCUACGAACACGGAGCCAAUGGUCCGCAACCAGUGGGCGGACCGGCAAAUAUGCCAAACACGUGGUCCGAUGCCGAUCAGUUCGGCUAUUUUUCCGAACCUGAAUUCGAAUCCGAGUAUCAGUCGCAACACAUUCACCGAAGCAAACGCGGAGUUCCUGAUAAACCAUUGCCAUUAACGGGCGGUCAAUCACAAUAUUACGGUACUAUUAUACUUCCACCUCAAUAUCGUUCGCAGACAAUGACAGGUCGACAACCAUACGGUGCCGGACACCCACCGCAGCCACCCGAGCGAAACAAACCGUUUCCAGGUUAUUCCCAAACCCUCCCCCGAAACGCCCAUAUGGUGCCAUUGUACAGUAAUACCAACGAUGCUAAUACUAACCAAACUAAUCAAAACCAAAGUCAAGUGAUGGCCGGUGUUGUAGGGGUGCAGUUGCCUACGCAACGCGCCGUUUCACCCGAUUUGCUACAAAAGGCCAGACCUAAAGAUAAUUCAAUGGUUCAAAUGAUGUCAUCGGGUCCGCCACCUAAACCUCAGCGAUCAUUUGCCGGCCGUACCGGUCUACCUCCCACUCAACCUUUAACCUCACCGCAAUUGGUUGGCCCUCAGUAUCAUCCUCAAAAUCGUCCUCUUCCAGACAGACCUUAUUCGGUGGCCGGUCAUUACCCAUCACCCGAUAUGGGCCGUAAUUAUGGACAGGACUUCUCCGGUUAUCUUUCGUCACCCGAACGACGUAUGCCUCAAGAGACUCAGACACAUGUGAGGGCAUCAUUUUCAGGCUAUCCAUCAUCGAUGCAAUUUGAAGAUCCGUACGGCAUGUAUGGCAUGCGUUCGGGUGCCGCCACACCUGUUAUCGAUGAAGAGGCCAGAGUACGGAUGCAACAAAUGGAAAGACAAAUUCAAAGUCUAACAAAUGUUGUAUCAAAAGUACUAACACCUACUACUGGUCCAAAAUCAGAUGAAGAUUCAGAUGUAGACAGUAAUGAAAUUGAGUCCAAUUUAACAAAUGCUCAAAUCCAGAGACAACACUUMAAAGAUAAAUCAGGGAAACCGGCACCACCACCAAAACCAGCGGCACUGGUAGGCUAUAGAGGGGAACUGCCGUUUCAUCUCACAAUAGACGUGUUGUCUCAGUUAAAACAAAUCCGAAAGAAGACUAAAGAUUUGAGAGGAGAGGUUCGGUCGUUGAGACGUCUGGCUCUACAACAGACCAAUUCUGCUAAAGAGACGCUUCGCGACACAUGUGCUAAAAUCAAACAAACGCUGUCUUUUCUUUCGGGAUCCACUGACUGCCAGUUCAGAUUGGAAAGACUUCGGUUGUCACAAGAUAGAGAUAUAUACGGACACGACUCCGGUAGACUUGAUAAAGACCUACACGAGCUCGAGACUCAAGUGGAAGAGCUCCGGUCUAAUGUGAUAAACAGGAGGUGUCGAGUGAAUAUGUCACACGUGGAGACCAUGGCUCUGGUGCUAUCACGCGCUUCCAAGACUGUGGCCGAUCUUAAAGGUCGAUUCCCACCGCUUAGCCAAACAAUGAAGACAGUCAUGAGUCAGGAAAUGGAGUGUUGUGUUCACGAAGAGAAAUUUCUGAAGGAUGAGCCCGAAAGGUUAGAAAUGGCACUCAAAAGGUGUAAAAAGUUGACCGGAACUCUGGUUACACUUAAAAGGUUGGCAUCAGUUCAAGAGCAGAGGUCGACCACCAAUGCCAACAGUUCAUCGCCAUCAUCACAGUUACUUCAGUCGGCCUCAACUGAUAGCGCUGACGGCUCCAGAAUGUAUGACAGCGAUAUGGAGCCGCACACCAUAAUACAGGUAACACCGGCUACACCGUUACCAUCGGAUGCGUCGAAAACCAAUGUAUUGGACUCACUUCUGGAUGAAUUGCAAACUUUCUCGAAGCCGACGACAACUAACACUUCGACGAUCACAUCGACAACCAGUGGUCAGACAUCGACAGCUAAGAAAUUGCUUCAAUCAAUCGGUUCGGUGGACUCAACCGUCACUAAAAAAGGUCCCAUCGGGUCGACAAUACCCGCACCGCCACCUCGAUCGUCAUCACGUAUUAAUCCUGUAGUUUUGCCGUCAUUUGCAGCCCGGCCGCCGGCAUCAGCGCUCAGAUCAAAUUCAGAACCAUCGGCAGCAAACAGACCCCGUUCCACACCUCCGGAAGGUGUUAUGGAUGGCGACGACAUUCUAGUCCCUCCUUCAUCAUCGAUCACAUCCUUGUCUUCAGUGAGCAGUCAGGGCUCGGUUGUUGAAAAACGUUUUGCCCAAUCUCGACAAGAACUGUUGGAACAGAGGCACCAGGAGCUGCUCAAAAAGCAACGCCUACUCCAGGAACAGUACACUAGACUUCAGCAGUUGAGCAGAGGACAGAUACCACGGGGUCUACUCAACGACCUUAAGAAAACCGGUUCAGAGAGCAAUAUUGUGUCGAAGACGUCUCUAAACAUGAGUACAGUUCACGGAUCGCUUAGGGAUAUCGUGUCGCACACCACGACUACAACCAAUGGUGUGGUCAACGAUUCGGUCAAUCAAAAGAUCUUUGAGACUGACAUACUCUAAGAAAAGAGAUAUAUAUU